AUGGCGGCUGCUAAGUAUCUGGCUCGGGAAGGGGUACCUGAUUGGCUCAAAUUUCAAAUUGAGUUGCCCAAGUAUGAGUACUUCGACAUCACGAAAGACAGAAAAUACUACGACUACUUCAAUGAUCUCAAUAGUGAUGGUCUGAUGUUUCAGCGGUCUGACUUGCAUGCCACGUCGGACUACUUUCGCCGUCACAGGGUAAUGGAACCGAAGUUCGUCAAGGAUCAACAGAUGUCCGAUGCUUUCAAGUCCGGCACGAACUUCAGCAACUACUUCCAUUGUCCGACCUUGUUGAGUGACCAGAAGAUUUCAUCUAGAAUGUUCCAGAAUUCUUGUACUUUGGGAGACAAAGUGUACUCUAUUGGUGGAAUGACCGUCAUGGAUGCGGCAGAACAGGCAGAAUUGCUAGGCGACUUGACGGACGAUUUUGACCUGGAUCCCAAAUUGCUGGAAUUGAGAUUUGACUACGAUUUGCCAGAACCUCUAAUUGCAGACUUCAUCAAAUCGCCGUUCGUGAAGCCAGUUGACUCAAUCCAGGUGUUCUCGUGCCAAAGUGCAACUCUCAAACACUUUCCUUUCGACGAUGAAAGCCCGCCCCCUUUGAUCUGUGCCAGUAUGUGUGUGAUAUCCAAGCACCAUCUAUUUAUGUACGGUGGUUUUGAGCUGGAUACGGACGUUUACCGGGAGGGUGAAAAGCUGAUUUUCGAGAAGAAGCUGAAGAUGAACGACACGCCCUGGAUUCUAGACGUCUUGAAGAUGCGGUUCCAGAAGGUAAAGAACCAAGUUCAUCCCACAGUAUCCACGAGGUUCCCAAACACCAUCGCGAGGUUUGGCCACGGAAUGGUGGCUAUUCCCGUGGAGGAGAUGAACAAAGAGCCGGUCAUGCCGUUGACGAUCAACGAACUCACAAACUCGAACAAUUCCAUGAGGAGCAGCUCGAAAAUGUCCACACCGGCUGUCGGAUUUGUGAUGGGUGGAUAUAGGAUGGGGAAUGACAAUAAGUUCACUCCCAUCAACGAUAUAUGGAAGGUGGAAAUGUUCGUGAAUCAGGUGGGCAAGCACAACCAUUUUGAGUUUGCAGAGGAGAUAGUGUCAUAUCCGCUAGGAAGAUACGAGGUGAAUCACAAUAAUGACGGAGGCUUUACCGGAGUGGUAAAGAUGACCAACUGGCCUGUGCCCCGGGGAUUUUUCAGUUUUGUGGUCAUGGGUGGAAACAAUUCCGUAAUGAGCCACUCAGCAGGGAGCUCAACUCCAGACAGCUCCUCCAUCAACGGGACUUCUGUGUCCAAGAAACUGAUGGUAUACGGAGGAUCUACGAUACGCAACGGCAAUACGGAGAUUUUGGGCGAUGUGUGGUGGUUUGAUGUGAGCUCUGAAACGUGGACUCCCAUUGAUGGCUUUUCCAACCUGGAUGAUACCACAGCUCGGAUUUCUCAGUUUAGAAGGUGUGGCCAUGUGGGUGUCAUGAACGGGGACUACUUCAUUGUAAGUGGAGGUGUUGGGCCUAACGAGCUUGGUCUUCAAUAUGACAGAGAGAACGCAGUUUUUGAUAUCGGAGACAGACUCAUCCAGGACAGACUCAAGCUCUUCAAAGAAGAGCGAAAAGAGUAUGUCUCUCUUUCUUUUAACGUGGAGUCACAGAUGUGGAAAUACGCUUAUUUCAUGAGCGAAAACUGUAUGACCGACACCAUCAGCAAAUUCUGGGGUGUUAAGGAUGUCGUCUUCAACUCGAUAGGAGCCAGUGGAGUUUUGUUCAACGGGAGGAUGUUUUUCAUUGGUGGUAUUCUUCAUGUUGUCUUUACUGAGGAUGGCAGAACGGUGGGUGUUCCUCUGGCCUCUAUAGUUGAGAUAAACAUGCCUAUGUUGACAUUAUAG